GGAGCCAGGCCAAGGACAGGUCCGGGCCGGCUGGCGGCGGCUUCUCCGGGCGGAUUCCUGAGCCCUGCCCGCACCUCGCGGGCUUCCGGGAAACCUCACCCCACCCCCUGAGGGGCCUCGAUCGAGGCCAAGGAAAUGUGGACGCUGCCUGGAGACCCUUUGUCUUCAGGUGCGUGGGGGGCAGGGCGGCGGUGCCCCGUGUGAAGGGGGAGACGUUCAAGUUCAGCCUGCCUGGCAAACGCGCAGGAGCUAUGGGCAAACGCUCCUCGGAUGCUGCCGCUCGGGGCAGCCUUCCGGCGGUCCGGCAGUCAUCUUUGACCCACAGAGGAGCCGCUGGGAGCUGACCGGGCAGGAGCCCCAGGUGGGCCCGAUGGAAUCGUACAGCGUUAACCGAGCACUUCCUCCAGCUGGUAAUCCGGAGUCGACUCACGCCCAGCCGCGGAGCGGGCCCGAACCCGCUGCUCUUCCCCAGCGCCUCCGGGUCAGGGCCGCCUUGGUUUGGCCUGUGAGACCCAGGGCGGGAGAGCCGGCCAGUGCCCGCCGGACUCGGAGCCACAGAACCAGGUUCUGGCAGCCUCAGCGUUUGUGGUAGUUUUUCGGCGGCGAUAGAAAACUCCUGCAGGACGGCCGGUCAGGACAGACGCACAGGAGCAGCAGGACAGCGCGUCUCUGGGGACCGUGCCAUGUGGACCAGCUGGUGGUUGUGGCCCCUGGUGGCUGUCUGCUCUGCGGACCAGUUCCGGGACACAGCGGUGAGGAUCAUGCAGGGCACGCCUGUCAUUGACGGGCACAAUGACCUGCCCUGGCAGCUGCUGAAACUGUUCAACAAUCAGCUUCAGGACCCGAGGGCCAACCUGACCAGCCUGGCCCACACGCACACCAACAUCCCCAAGCUGAAGGCUGGCUUUGUGGGGGCCCAGUUCUGGUCUGCGUACACGCCCUGUGACACCCAGAACAAGGAUGCCGUGAAGAGGACGCUGGAGCAGAUCGACGUCAUCCACCGCAUGUGCCAGCUGUACCCCGAGACCUUCCUGUGCGUCACCGACAGCACAGGCAUCCGGCAGGCCUUCCGGGAGGGAAAGGUGGCCAGUCUGGUCGGCGUGGAGGGCGGCCACUCCAUCGACAGCAGCCUGGGCGUCCUGCGGGCGCUCUACCACCUGGGCAUGCGGUACCUGACUCUCACCCACAGCUGCAACACGCCCUGGGCCGACAACUGGCUGGUGGACACGGGAGAAGACAAGGCCCGCAGCCAAGGCCUGUCACUCUUUGGGCAGAGCGUCGUGAAGGAGAUGAACCGCCUGGGCGUCAUCAUCGACUUGGCCCACACGUCCACGGCCACCAUGAAGGCCGUGCUGCAGCUGUCCGAGGCCCCCGUGGUCUUCAGCCACUCCUCGGCCUACAGCGUGUGCCAGCACCGGCGCAACGUACCCGACGACGUGCUCCAGCUGGUGAAGCAGACGGGCAGCCUCGUGAUGGUGAACUUCUACAAUGACUACGUUUCCUGCAGAGCGGAGGCCAACUUGUCCCAAGUGGCAGAUCACCUGGACCACAUCAAGAAGGUGGCGGGGGCCGGAGCCGUGGGCUUGGGUGGGGACUACGAUGGCGUGUCCAGGCUCCCCUCGGGGCUUAAGGACGUGUCCAAGUAUCCAGACCUGGCCGCCGAGCUGCUGAGGAGACGGUGGACUGAGGCCGAGGUCAAGGGCACCCUGGCAGGCAACCUGCUGAGGGUCUUCGAGGCGGUGGAGCAGGCGAGCAGUCACACGCGGGCUCCCGGCGAGGAGCCCAUCCCGUUGGGCCAGCUGGAGGCCUCCUGCAGGACCAGCUACGGCUACUCAGGGGCCCCCAGCCCCCACCUCCAGCCGGGGGCCCUGCUGGCCUCCCUCGCGCUCCUCGUCCUCUGCCUGUGUCCCCUCUGACGCCCUGGGUGCUAGAACGGCAGCGACUCCCUGUGCGCUCAGACCGGCCUGUCCUGGGCAGCGCAAAACACAGGCACAGCGGACCCUCAAUAAAGUCGCCGGUCCUCUGAGUCUCGUGUCUUCAGCACCCUGGCCCUGGAGGGGGCUCCUGGCUGGACACCAGACACAGGAGUGCCUGACUCCUGAAGGUCAGGGCCACAGGGGUCAGGGUCUGAGAGGCUUUUC